AAAGCCCAUUAAUUAGCAUUGCAACAGAAGCUAAAUACAACUAAAUGUUCUUGUUUCGAGCGAGGCGAAUGCCGUGUGGUCGAAUCACUCGACGGUAUGUCUCUCGUACUUCUGAACAAACCCAAGAUCCCGCCCACAAGGAACACAUCAACCGUGUUGUCCUGGGAGCUAUACGAAAACGCGAAGGAAAAGCUGUUAAACAUUACCAAGAGAAUUACACGCUAGUCGACCAGUACUUGAAACAUCAUAAGAAAGUUCUUGACAUAGCCGACAACCCAAAGAUUGUUCUGUCGAUGUUUAGUAGGGAUUCAAAGUUGCAAACUGCUACUUAUAAGAACCUUGAGCACAUCCUUGGUAGUCUUUCAUAUACUAAUGUGGACAUGAAAUCAACAAUCUUGCUAAUAUCGCAUUCCCUUCUUGAAUCGAUUUCCAUUGAAGAAAGACUAAAACUGAAAGGUGUUCCUGAACUACAUAAUCCUACAAACUUGAAAUAUGCCAUUGAUCAUAUUAAAGAAUCUUCCUGGUUUAAUUCCCUUGAACAGUACAGAUACAAGUUCCACCACUAUAAAUCAGGACAAUACUUGAAUUAUUGGAAAUCCGAUACUACCCCAGCAAUAUUAGGAGAAGAUUAUAUACGGUUUCAUCUGACGGUGAAGGAUUCUUCGGAAUAUAUUAAUCGAUUUGACCUGGCAUUUGACAAGUACCAAAAAGAUUCUAAUCAUAUAGCCCUUGGACUAAAGAUAGUGCAGGCACUCAUACAAUGCAAUAAGAAUACCCCUACGCUUGAAAUAUGGACAUAUUUACUUUCCCAGUUCCAACGAUUUGGACUUUACAAUUUCGCAACCAUUGUAUACCUAUCCUUGUUCCACUAUAAACACCAAACAACUGUGCUUGCCAAGCACCCAGAACAACUCACUGCACCACUUAUGCCUGAUCAUUUCCUGCACUUGAUACUAGCACAUCCAGAUAUUCUUGGUCCUAUAUUCGCAUAUCAAGCACGAAACCAAGACGUGGAAACUGCCGUAGAUCUCCUUGCCUUUUUACAAUUAGAUCAGGUUAUUAAAGAGAGGCAUCCCUAUAUGUGGUCUAGAUCAGGUAUCCACCUUAUUAGAAUCCCUCAAUCCAUAUUCCUUGCCCCGGAAUUAACAAUUUCAAGACAGUGUGUUUAUGUGAUAAUGAAAGCAUGUCUUGAUCUUAACUUGCACGCAUAUUUCGGAUUAUUAUUUGAUAAAAUCUUGGUUGAUUCUCAAGAUUCAAACACGAUCAAAUUGAACACCGGCAGCUAUAAACUUGUGGAAAACAUCUUUGACGAAGAGUUAUGUUUGCUUUGGAUUGAAUAUUGCAAGAGAACAAUCGAUAGUCGUGCUGUCGGUUGGCUAUUAACUUAUUUCUUGCCACAAUAUUUGCAACGACAAAAUGGACAAUUUCUGGAUAAGUUCAAAGCAGAAUUUAAGGAAAUGAUGGUGUUGUGUGAUUAUGAAAGGAGAUACCAAGAAUUGCAGAAGCAAUAUAGUUUGUAAAUACACUCUUGUACAUAGAAAUAGAUUAUACAUGCAUUAUGAG